AUGACUGAAAACCAGCUGAAUAAUAGGAUCGAGAAAUUCUCUAAUUUUCAGUAUGGAGAAAAUCGCACCUUCCGUACACAACAUCACAAAGAAAAAGGGAACUGUUUAAAGCCUGAAAAAAUGUUCAUCCCUAAAUCAGAUGUCCAUGAAUAUAGCAGUAUCUGCACUAAAGAGAAGCAGCUUGAAUGCAAGGAACAUGGAAAAAAUAAUAAUUUAAAUAUCUAUCUUACUUUACAUCAAAGCAUUGAGACACCAAAAUCACAUAAAUGUUCAGACAGUAGGAAAAGCUUUAAUGAGAGCACUACUUUCAACACCCAGAAAACAAUUCAUAGAGUGGAGAAGUCAUAUAAAAGCAGAGAACACAGAACAAGUUUCUAUGCAACCAAUGAUCAUAUUUUGCACAAAAAGUCCUACCCAAGAAAGAAAAUUUAUAAAUGCAUGGAUUGUGGAAAGAGGUUCUGUACAAGUAUUGAUCUUACUUCCCAUAAAAGUAUCCACACAGAGGAUAAGCCACUUAGAUGCACAGGCUGUGGAAAGAGCCUCACCACAAGUAGUUCCCUUGCUGCACAUAAAAGGAUCCACGUAAGGGAUAAGCAACACAAAUGCAUGGAAUGUGGAAAGAAUUUCAGCCAGAGUGCUUCGCCUAAUUCCCAUGAACUGAUCUGUACAGGGAUGAAACCGUAUCAAUGCUUGACAUGUAAAAAGCGAUUUUGUACAAGCAGGGAUCUCAUUUCUCAUAAGAGGAUCCACACAAGGGAGAAACCACUUAAAUGCAAGAAGUGUGGAAAACACUUUACAAUGAGGCGUAGUCUUAUUUCCCAUGAAAGGAUUCACACAAGGGAGAAAGCAUAUAAAUGCAUGGACUGUGGAAAAACCUGUGUGAGUAGAAGUGAUCUUACUUCCCAUAAGAGGAUCCACACGGGGGAAAAACCGUAUCAAUGCAUAGAGUGUGGAAAAAGUUUCAGUUGGAGCAGUAACCUUACCUCCCAUAAAAGAAUCCACACAGGGGAAAAGCCUUAUCAAUGCAUGGAGUGCACAAAGAGCUUCAGAGACAUGAGUUCCUUUACUUCCCAUAAAAGGUUCCAUACAGGGGAGAAACCCUACAAAUGUACAGAGUGUGGAAAGAACUUUACUCAAAACAGUCAACUUACUUCCCAUAAAAGGGUCCACACAGGGGAGAAACCGUAUAAAUGUACAGACUGUGGAAAGAGCUUCACCACAAGUGGUUCUCUUACUGCCCAUAAAAGGAAUCACACAGGAGAGAAACCGUUUAAGUGCAUGGAAUGCGGGAAGAGUUUCAGCCAAAGUGCUUCCCUUACUUCUCAUGAAAAGAUCCACACAGGGAUAAAACCAUUCCAAUGCUUGCAAUGUGAAAAGAGAUUCGGUACAAGCAGCGAUCUCAUUUCCCAUAAAAGGACCCACACAGGGGAGAAGCCAUUUAAAUGUAUGGACUGUGGGAAAAGCUUUACAAUGAGGCGUGGUCUUACUUCCCAUGAAAGGAUCCAUACAGGGGAGAAACCAUACCAAUGCCCAGAGUGUGAAAAGUGCUUUAUAAGUAGGAGUGAUCUUACUUCCCAUAAAAGGAUCCACACGGGGGAGAAACCGUAUCAAUGCCUGGAGUGUGGAAAAAGCUUCAGUUGGAGCAGCAACCUUACUUCACAUAAAAGGAUUCACACAGGGGAGAAACCAUAUAAGUGCAUGCAGUGUGGAAAGAGUUUCAGUCAGAGCACUUCCCUUACUUCCCAUGAAAGGAUCCAUACAGGAAUGAAACCUUUUCAAUGCAUGGAGUGUGGAAAGGGAUUCAGUACAAGCAGUGAACUCAUUUCCCAUAAAAGGAUUCACACAGGAGAAAAGCCUUACCAGUGUAUGGACUGUGGAAGGAGCUUUAGAGACUUGAGUUCCUUUACUUCUCAUAAAAGGUUUCACACUGGAGAGAAGCCCUAUAAAUGCAUGGAAUGUGGAAAGAGCUUUACUCAAAGCAGUCAGUUUACCUGCCAUAAAAGGAUCCACACAGGGGAGAAGCCAUACAAAUGCACCGACUGUGGAAAGAGCUUCACCACCAGUGGUUCCCUUACUGCCCAUAAAAGGAUCCACACAGGGGAAAAACCAUAUAAGUGCACGGAAUGCGGGAAGAGUUUCAGCCAAAGUGCUUCCCUUAGUUCCCAUGAAAGGAUCCAUACAGGGAUGAAACCGUAUCAGUGCAUAGAUUGUGGAAAGACCUUCAGUCAAAGCAGUCAUCUUAGUUCUCAUAAGAAGAUCCACUCGGGGGAGAAGCUGUAUAAGUGCACAGAGUGUGAAAAGUGCUUUCAUACAAGCAGUUCCCUGAUAUCACAUAAGAGGAUCCAUUCUGGCGAGAAACCAUAUCAUUGCAUGGACUGUGGAAAAAGUUUCAUUACAAGCAGUUCCCUUAAUUCACAUAGGAGGAUCCACACGGGAGAAAAACCAUAUCAAUGUCAUGAGUGUGGAAAGAGUUUCAGUCACAAUACUUCCCUCUCUUUUCAUAAAAGGAUCCACACAAGAGAGACUCCACCUGUCAGCAUAUAA